AUGAACAACAACAACAACUUGAACGCUGAAGAACGGGAAUCACUCAAGCAAGCAUUCUCUUUGUAUGAUCGUGAUGGCGAUGGUACUAUUGCUGCCAACGAGUUUGCCGACAUUUUGAAGAGUCUCAAUGUGGGUGCCAACGAUAAGGACAUUAGCGAAAUCAUCCAGUCUGUCGAUCGCAACAAGGAUGGCCGAGUCGAUUUCGAAGAGUUCGUGCAUGCCAUGACACGCCAUCUGGGAGAGGACAAAAAGUCGCGACAACAGCAACCCCCACAAAGAUCUCAAUCUUAUCCUCCAAGCAAGCGUUGUAGUUUCCAUGAAGAUGAUGAGCUCGAGCAAUGCUUCAAGGCCUUUGACAAGAACGGUGAUGGAUACAUCAGCAUCCAAGAACUGAAGGAAGUCAUGACACGUCUUGGUGAGAACCUCAACGAACACGAACUCAAGGAAAUGAUGGAGGAGGCCGAUACCAACCAUGAUGGCCAAAUUGACUAUAAGGAAUUCAAGAAACUCAUCCCUCCCUCAUAA